AUGGCUACCACUCAGGGUCCUGCUGGGGUGCAUGACCGCAAUGGAAGACGCCGUCCAUUUUCGAGUUGGAUGAGGCGACUAGCAAGCCUAAAGAACUCUGACUCAACUUCAAAUCGAUGGUCUCAUAAGCGCUCUACCGGUACCAAGGGUAAGAAAGGCGACCAGGCCAAUAACCCAUAUCCACUAUCGGGCACGAUCAAUCGUCACACAGGAAGUCAGACACCGACCGAGUCAUACACAGAUGAUCAUUAUGGUGAUGACUCCCACUCGAGAAGUGAUCCAUCUCUGGUAUCUUCGGGAUAUGAAAACCCCACCCCCUUGACAAAUGCAAAGUCCGCCGCGCCGACCAUCUCCACGAACGGUGAUGCCGGGUAUUCUGAGGCCACAUAUUCCAAGGCAGGGACCCUGACAACUGGCACAGAGGGAUUCAGCACACACGGAGGAGGAGAAGGCAGCACAUUUUCGUCGCCCGCACCUUCGGUUCGUUCGUUGGCCACUACCCUGACGACCGUGCACUCAGCAGCACCCUCAACCCAGUUGUACAAUGCACAGAACGGCCAUGGACACCACGGGAACUCCAACCAGACCUCUACAAACCAAGCCGUUCAUUUCAGCCAUCAAUUUCCUCCAAACUCGUCUCCGGCCACCGCAGUCCCCCAACACCUAGUCUCUCAGACCCACGGCAUGACCUACAGCACAGCGACCGCCAACAACGCCUUGAACGAUAACGCUUCUGUGCUGACUCUGGCAAGUUCAUCUAAACGUCGUCGCCGCAAUUCCUUGGACACCAAUGCAUCAGUCCGCGGCCUGGCCCCGUCCUCGGUAUUCGGUGGCAGCCGUGAGAGUUUACCACUGAGUGUGUUGAGUGGAAAUACAAAUGAACAAUCCAACGCCUCUAUCUUCAACGCGCCUGGUGUAUUGAAUCGACCCAGCAUCGUCGGUCUUGCUAGCGCCGAGCGCAUUAGCGUCUACUCGUCUACCGGAGCAACACCUCUCACAACCACCAAUGCAGAGCGGGGCAGCUUGUACGCCAAACAAACCACUGGGGACACAGCAAGCAUCCGCAGUGGAGUACAAUCCCACAAUCGAAACGAUAGCUCCGCCGCAAGUGUUGCAGGGGUGGUGACCAGUCCUCUAGCCAUGACCGGUCGCAUGAGCCGGAGGAGCUCUGGUUGGGGAGAAAUCACUGGCGAGGAAGACGAAGACAACACUGAUGACAAGCUCGGCGAGAAGAUAGAAGAAGGCGAAGAGAUGAACAAGCACGAAGCCAGUUCUCUCAAUGAGACGCCGAAGAAAUAA